CAUCAGCCCGGUCUUCAGGAACAGAAACAGAAAGGAGGACAGCACCAAAGGAAGGUUCACGGGAGAGGAGAAGCUAUGUUCAAGCCAAAGCUGAGAGGCAUGUAUAUAUCUAAGAAGGUGUUAAAGUAUCAUUUUGACCCCCGUAAGGCUCCACAUGACACAUACCUACUAUGCAGACUGCAGUGGGGUAAGACCGGCACGCCGUGGACACACUGGGUCAGAAAUGACCGUUACCAUGCUGAAGUCUACUUCCUGGAGAAGAUCUUUAAGAUGAAAGGAUACAAUAAUUAUGAUGUCACCUGUUCCAUCACCUGGUACUUGUCCUGGAGCCCCUGUGUGAACUGCUGCCGUAAAAUACUGUAUUUCUUACAGAAGCACUCAAAUGUGAACAUAGAGAUAUAUGUAGCACGGCUUUAUUACAUGGAAGAUGAGAGAAACUGGCAAGGUCUGAAGAAACUUAUGACCUUGGCGGGAGUAACUGUUGCUGUCAUGAAAAUUGAAGACUACAAUUACUGUUGGAAAACCUUUAUCCAAGGAGAUGCUGAUGAUGGUUCCUGGACUAUGGACUUUCAGUCACAGAUUACUAGGAUUUGUUCGAAGUUCAAGAACAUCUUGAGGAUAUAAAGAAUCAUGGAAGUAUAGAAUAUCUCACGUUGGAAGGAACCCAUAAGGAUCAUCGAGUCCAACUCCCUGCUCCUUGCAGGACUACUUAAAACUGAACCAUAUGACUAAAAGCAUUUUCCAGAUGCUUCUUGAACUCUGACAGGCUUGGUGCCAUGGCCACUUCCCUGGGGAGCCUGUUCCAGUGACAGUCACCCUCUCAGUGAGGAACCUUUUCUUAAUGUCUGAGUUGAACUUUCCUUGAUGCAGCUUCAUUCCAUUUCCUCCUGUUGUGGUAUUUGGUAUCCUACUUACUUAUAUAGAACUCAUUUAGCAUAUCUUGAUUAACAGUAGUAGUCAAAUUUGCUGAAGCGUUAGGGCACAAGCUGUGAACUUUCACCGAGACAUGUUGAACUUUUAACUAGACAAGUAAAAGAAGGCCCCAGAGCCAGUUCAAGGCAGAAGAUAAGGAAGCUACAUUCAUUAACAGAACCUGCAACCUUAGAGAUAAGAAAUGGCUUGCCUAGAGACAAUGAAGGGACCCAGUGAAGAACUGGAAGCCCCCAGACCCUAAUAUUACUACUGGACCAAACUGUCACAUGAGGGGUGGGGAAUUUAGAUUGUAAGGGAUUUCUUUCUUCUAGGUCCCUCUUCAGAGACAUCAAGCUCAAGCUGUAGUGCUACUAAUAAAAAAUACUUUUAUAGACGAAUCGAUCUUUUGGCUUACCCGUUCAGAUUUACCUGAAAUCGAACCCUGUUAUGGUGACAUACAUAAUUUC